AUGGACGCAGACACGUACAAGGAGGUGAAGAAGGAGCUGGAGGCUCGUCGCGAAGCUCGGCGCGCCAAACUCGAGCGCGCUGAGCUCGAGGCGGCUGAUGAACUCGCUGAAAUCGAGCGUCUUGAGAUGAUCAACCAGACUCGCGCACCCUCAGGACUCUUCGAGAGACUUCCACAAGAACUUCGCGACCAAAUUUGGGGGUAUUGUGUCGCACCGGGGAAGAUCUUCUUCAGCAAGACGAAGAUCCAGAACGACAAUCGCUUCCAUGACUUUGACAUUUACGAGAAACCACAUUAUUCUCUCUUGGCUGUAAGCAGAUCGAUUCGCAAGCAGGCCGCCAAAGUACUCUUCGAAGAAAACCAGAUGAUCUUCGCCCACACUACUACGGGUUUCCACAUUCUCCUAGGUGGUUCCGAUGACGAAGACGAUAUACGUUUGAACAGCUUCGGGCAGAGAUACCUGAGAUCCGCUAGCUUUACCUUCGACGUGCGCUCCCUACCGAUCGAGGAUGCGCUGAGAGACGCUGCCGACAUACGUCGACUCCAUGCGGCGCAUACGCCACACACACCAUGGUCAAGCCUCGCCGACGAAGAACGUGCCCAUGAGGCUCACUAUCCGGGCGUCCAGCGAGUUUACGAUCAUGCUCAGGCGCUGAUGGAAGCCCUGAUCUGGCAUUCUGAAGGUUUGAAAUCCAUCGAGUUCAAUCUGGCGAAUUGCUAUUGUCGAUUUGGUUGCUGUCGUGCAGUGAACAGUGCGUUCGGCAUGAUUUUCGAAACAGGACGCUACCGGUGGCCUGACCAUGUAAGAGUCUUGGGAACGAAGAACAGAAAGGAGAGAGAUUAUGUCCACGCGAUUGUUGGCUGCAGAUAUGUGUACGAGAGUGAUAACGAGAUCGUGUUUGAGAAGUUCGAAGCGGGGGAGCAGAUGGUCGACCCGCCUGAUGCAGGUCGCAAGUUCUGGGGACAUUUGAUUGAGGACGACUUAGAAGUGGAGCUCGAGAGGGAAGUGUUCAAAGAAUGA